CGGUCUAUGCCGGGUGUUUGGGCUCCGGUUUGCUGGGUCGGCGGUUCCGUCCUCGUCCUGUUUUUGGCCAUAACCCUGCACGAGGAGCUGACCGGGCCCGCCGAGCCGCCCAGGACUGACUUUGCAGAGUCAUGCCAUCGGCUGUCAGAAGUAUCCUGAGGAUGGCUAAAGACCUGCAGACGCUGCGGGAAGAUUACAAGCGGCUGAACAAGUCCUGUUUCAUCCUCGGGGCGUCCGGAGAAACCGGGAAAGAACUUCUCAAGCAGAUAGUGCAGAGCGGGCUCUUCAGUAAAGUCACCACCGUGGGGCGCCGCAAGAUUGACUUUGAAGAUGAAGCUUAUAAAGAUGUGAUCCAGGAGGUGGUUGACUUUGAGAAGUUGGAUGAGUACUCGUCUGCCUUUCAGGGACAUGAUGUGGGAUUCUGCUGUCUGGGAACCACAAAAGCAAAAUCUGGGGAGGCUGGAUUUAUCCGGGUGGAUCACGACUACGUUCUCAAGUCAGCGCAGCUCGCGAAAGCCGGAGGAUGUCAGCACUUCAAUCUGGAGUCGUCUAAAGGGGCCAACAAGGGAAGCAGCUUCCUCUAUCUCAGGGUUAAGGGGGAGGUGGAGGCGGAGAUCGAAGAAAUUGGAUUUGACCGUUUUACCAUUUACAGACCAGCAGUUCUCCUGGUGGACAGGAAAGAGUCGCGCCCGUCGGAGUGGUUCGCGAGGAAAGCUCUGGUCCCGGUGUCUUACUUCUUCCCCACCGCCUACUCAGUGCCCAUCACCACGCUGGUGAGAGCCAUGCUGAACAACGCCGCGCUGCAAAGUGACAAGAAGGUGGAGCUACUGGAGAACAAAGCCAUACACACCCUGGGGAAAAUGGAGGAGCAGAAGAGUUAAUGGGAGCAAACUAUGGGGGGACAGGGGGGGCUAGAUCUGGUGCUGAAUGUAACAAAUCUUAUUUUAUAAAAAUUUUAUGCCAAAAAAAUAUAUAUAAGAAAAAAGAAAAGAAAACACAAUAAGGGAGAUUCGUAAUCAUAUAUGAAGGGAAUGUCCAGAAUCCAAAAAAAUAAAUAAAAAAAUUAAAAGCUGCUUUUUAUAUGAAACAGCGCCACCACUAUCUAAAGGUUGUUUGCAGUAAUGCAGCUCAGCUUAAUUGAAGUUAUUUGUAAUGAGCUGCAAUACCACACAUGACCUGUGGACUAAAGGGGGUGCUAUUUUUUUUUUUUCUAAUUCUAGGUAGCUACUGUAAGGCUAUGUUUACACACUAUAAAUGGGGCUGAAGGGGCUGCAUAAAGGGCAUUGAUGCCCAUUGGUUUCGAUUGGAGCCAUGGAUUGCUUAUUUGCCUGGGCACUUGGGGCCCGCUGCUGGUGCUGGAUAAUGGCAAUACAUGGCGCCAAUUAAAAUCAGUGGGCAUAGUGUGAUGGAUGAUGCCCCCUAUGCAGCCACGCCAUCCCUAUUAUCUAGAGCAGUGUUUCCCAACCAGUGUUCCUCCAGCUGUUGCAAAACUACAACUCACAGCAUGCCCAGAUAGCCGAAGGGCAUUGUAGUUUUGCAACAGCUGGAGGCACGCUGGUUGCAAAACACUGGCAUAGGGUGAUGAGUUAUCCAAAGGGGGCAACGGCUUAGAUUCUGCCCAAACUGGUGUCAUAGCUUCUGGGUAGGCAGCAAAUCCUCCUAGAAGUGAAUGGUGCUGAGCUGCAAUACCACAUACAACCCAUAGGGGGCUGCCAAGUUUCUUUACUGUUAUAUUGUGUAAUAAUAUUAAAUUAUAUGUAAUACAUGCGCUUGAUGGGGACAUAAUAUAUAUAUUCUAUAGACUCAAACAGAUGAUUAUAAAGUUGUGUGAUAUUAAAAAAAAAAUGAAAGUUUAAAAA